AACGUCCUGAAUAAUCUGUUCUUGUUAGUUGUUACAAUUAGAACGGCUAUACGCGCAUGACAAUGACAACAAAUUUCAAUGCGCAUAGUCAAAACAUUGCGCAUUUCGUUGGCUAACCUCUUCGAGUCGAUCGACCGAGGUUCCGUAGCAGAGAAGAGAAAGUCUUUCACUUCAUAAUUGUGCUGUAUUUUGGUGCUUAGUGCGUGCUGAGUGACAUCAACGGGAUUUGAUUUUAUUGAACUGUCAGAAACAAAACUACAAGAUGCCGUCAGCAACGCCACCAGCAGAAAAUGGCGCGCCGCGCAGCGAACUCGAGCAGCUGCAAUUACGCGCGGGCCAGGUGACUGAUGAGUCCCUGGAAUCCACUCGGCGUAUGAUGAUGCUUUGCGAGGAGAGCAAGGAGGCUGGCAUUCGUACUCUGGUCGCUCUAGAUGACCAGGGAGAACAAUUGGACAGGAUCGAGGAGGGAAUGGACCAGAUCAAUGCGGACAUGCGCGAGGCGGAGAAAAAUCUUUCGGGUAUGGAGAAAUGUUGCGGCAUUUGCGUACUCCCCUGCAACAAAGGAGCAUCAUUCAAGGAGGAUGAUGGAACAUGGAAGGGGAACGACGAUGGAAAGGUUGUGAACAACCAACCUCAGCGAGUAAUGGAUGAGCGUAACGGCAUCGGUCCGCAAGCUGGAUAUAUUGGAAGGAUAACAAACGAUGCCCGCGAAGAUGAGAUGGAAGAUAACAUGGGACAAGUUAACACGAUGAUCGGCAACUUGCGCAACAUGGCCAUCGACAUGGGCUCCGAACUCGAGAACCAGAACCGUCAGAUCGACCGCAUCAAUCGCAAGGGUGAGAGUAACGAGACACGUAUAGCGGUUGCAAAUCAGCGAGCGAAUAAGCUACUCAAAUCUUAAACAACACGUCUCUAAUGUUGCACGUUAAAUAAUUUGACGAAAUGAUGUUGCCGUAUUAUAAAAUUUCCCCUUCCAUACAACAACGAAUUCCGGCUGUUCGCAAACAAUAAUCAAAUUAUUUGUAAUUAUAAUAGUCAUAUAGUAAAAGUUAUUUAAAUUAUGGUUUUAUUUUAAAAAACUUUAUGGCAACAUCUUUUUGCGCAAUUUUUAUUUUUAAGUUAUAAACAAAUAUAUAAAUACAUAACCGUUGUAUAUUCACGAAGACAAAAUAAACUGUAAUAAAUCAUUUUAAUGCACUGGUGACACUAGUAAUGUGACGUAUUUACCUUGUUGGUUAGUAAAGUGUAUCGAAAAUAUACUUUUAUGUGAGUUAAUGGUAAGAGAUACGAGCCGGAAUAAUGUAACUCUGUCUUGCCAUAUGAGUUUUGUAGACGAACAAAAUAAAUAUUUAAUUUGCACGUAUUUUUUACUUUAGGUAAUGUGCCAAAAUUCCUUUCUAUUCACUAUCGUCUGUAGACGUGUUUAAAAUGACACCAAUUUCAAUGUACCUUGAGUAUGUUAUAAGAGUGAAUUAUAAUACUUAAUUAUUUGCUAGAAACAAUAACAUUGUAAGGAAGUACCAAUUUAGCUCAAAUAUAGAACAGAUAUUUUCGAUAGAAAAAAAAAUAGAUAUCCUCGGCAAAACUCGCUGAUAUUUUCUCGAACGGCAUUUAAAAUAAUAUCUUAGAUUAUAGACAUUUGAAUAUCUAAAAAUAUAGUGAGAUAACGUUUACUAUUUUUAAGUUUGGAAUGUAAAGAUGGCGUUACAUGUAUGACAUACAACUAUUAUUUUGUAAUUAACCGUUAACCCGUAUUAAUAUUUUUUAAAUAUAAAUUGUUUAUUACGAAAUUAUAAUUUUCAGAAAGAUGCUUUUUAUUAAUUUAUAGAUUAAGAUUAUGGUGCCUAUAAUACUUUUUGUAAGUUUAAUUUUAAUCUGUGCUAUAGAAUAAUUUAUAUUUUAUCUGUUCUCUUUGUCAUAUUGCUUCACAGUUGUAGUUUUAUUUGAGGAACGGAUUUGGCGCAGUUUUCAUUUCAAUCGGUGUUAACUAACAUCUACAAAAUUACUAUAAAAUAUUAAUAUCUUGUAAUUCUCGUAACUUACGUUGUAACCAGUUAAUAAGCAGCGUUGUAAUGUGAUUACAUUAAUAUGCAAUAGUCUAUUUAAUAGUUGAAUAUUUAAAAAUUUAUUACUUAAAGUAUAUUGUUGUAAGUAUGAUUAAGGCGGUCGCUUGAUUUUAUUCACUGUCGCUAUUUAACAAGUAUUGCCAUAACGAAAUUAUGUGUAUAAUUUAAAGUAUUAAACGACACACCAAUGUGUAUGAGUAGACGCGAAGUAGCUUAUUUAUUUUGACAUUAUAAUUUAGAGUUUAGCUCGAAAUUUAAUAUAUAUAAUCCUGACAUUAAUAAGUGAGAAAAUACACAAAUUCUUUUUAUUAUCAGAUCUGUAGCAACCUUUUUUUAGCUUUAGGACGUGAUAAUAAUUGUUGAUUAAAUUAAGAAUUUUAAUUUAGAAAAAAGGUUGAGCAAUUUUUUUAUGUUUAAAAGUGGCAGUGAACGAAACUGUGCAUACCGCCUUAUAAAGAUGUACCGGCCUUAGGAAUAAUGAUAGGAAUGUUAAAAGGAAUGGCUUGACUUAUUAUACUCAUGUACAGGGGGCCACUGACCAAAGCCAUGGUUUCAAACUAUUUCCAACUCUAUUAAAAAAUUAAAGUUUUCAAUAUUUUGUAGAAAUUUUGACACUUUAAUGGUGGCCCUCUGUACGGGCGUUAGUUUUAAGAAUUUUCAAAAUUUUCUCUAUUCUCUCUCGAUCGUAUUAGUUAAGUAGCGUGGGCCGAUAACCGCACGUUUUGUCUAAGUACAUAUUCCAAUAAUAAAAUAUUUUAACUUUAUCUUUAUUAAAAUAUAGUAUUGAGUUAUUAAGAUCAAUUUAAUCAAUAGAUGUGUAUACCGCCUGCGCAAAUAUAUUCAUUUAUAUUCAGCCUAAUAUUAUCUAUUACAGUAUAUAGAUAAAUUAUAUCUAUUUUCUUUAAGAAUAGUAUAGUUAGUAUAAAAU